AUGAACCCGGCCGCAGCUCAUUCGGCCAAACUCAUCGCAGAGUUCGAAAAGCAGCAAGACGACCAGCAACAGCUCGCGCCAGCCUACCCAUCCGAGCAUCCUUUCGGCGCGUCCAAACCUGGCCCCUUCGGCGGCGCUGGUGGAGCAGCUGCCACUUCGAUCCUUCACUGCGACGCAUUUGCUCCCACCAGCGAGAUGACCAAUUUUGCAGACUGGGACGCCGGCUACUCCGCUGCGCCCGCCAACGCAACAACAUCACCAUCGGAGCACGCACAUCCUAACGAAGCGGGCCCAUCAAGGGUCAGCUCUCAUGUCAACGGCUACCAACCUCGUGCACUCACGCAGUACGACUAUCCAGGAGGAUGGGGUGCACAGACGCUCAACGGCGUCGGCGGACUCACCCAGGAUAGCGCAUCUCGCAUCGCCACCCUGCAAGCCAAACUGAACCAGAGGUUGGGGCCCGAAUACCUUUCGCAACGGCCGGGACCGGGAGGUGGAAAGAAGCUCACCUACAUCGAAGGCUGGAAGCUCGUCGAUCUGGCCAAUGAGGUGUUUGGCUUCAACGGAUGGUCCACCACCAUUGUGCGUCUCGACGUCGACUUUCUCGAUUGCUCGCCCGACGGCACGCGCUUCAAUGCGGGCGUCAGCUGCGUCGUGCGCGUUACCCUACGCGACGGUGCUUUUCACGAGGACAUUGGCUAUGGCAGCGCCGAGAAUGCCAGGCAGAAGCACGCCGCACUCGAAAAGGGAAAGAAGGAGGCUGUCACCGAUGCAACCAAACGAACACUCAAGAAUUUCGGCAAGCUGCUCGGAAACUGCACCUACGACCAUCAGUACUCGGCCAAUGCGCUCAAAGUGAGCAAUCCACCGCCCAAGUUUGAUGCCUCGGAGCUGCAUCGCAGGCCAGAAUUGAGACCUCCUGCGCCACCAGCGCCACAGCCGCAGCCACCACAACCAUUGCCACUGCACGCAACCGGAACGCGAGCGCAUCCGCAGCAGCAACCACCAAGCAGCAAUGCUUCGAACCCGCCAGUGCCGCAGCUAGCUUCGCGAGCAGCACAGCCGGCAACGACUGGUACUGACGCCAAAGCGCCGACACGUGCCUUGCCAUCCACAGGAGCUCCUCAGCAGCAGGCCUCAUCGGCGACAAACAGCGUCUCGUUCAACGCAGGCAGCACUGACUCGUCCGGAAAUGAGCGCCAGAACAACAUGGAGAGGAGAAGCGCAGACGAUACUUCCAAAGACGAAGUGUCAGAACGUCAGCAGCGAUCUAUGCUGGCUCGGCAGGCGUACCUCGAACGUCAGCAAGCCGAAGCGCGCAGAGCUGAACCAGUAGCAGAAUCGCAUCAGAUCGUAACGACAGUCGACGGGGCGCAAAAGAGAACCCUCUCUGCAGCAGCGGCUGAAGUCGACUUUGGCUCGGACUCGUUCGACGAUGGUCUCAGCGAAGUGCUUGCUGGGUACGACGAGACGUCAAUGGGCGACGCGGAAGCGGCUUCGCAUGCACUCGAGAUGGAGAUCGACGAGGCUCAACGUCAGCAUCCUUCGGCGGAGCAGGACGAUUCAGGCGACGCGAGCAGCGCCUUGCAUUACAAUGGCGCGGAUGACAGCGGAGUCGCGUUCACUAGCAGCGAGAACGCUUUGCAAGUCAAGCGGGAAAAAGUAAAGGCGGUCGAGAUGCGCCGCUCGACGAGCCCCGUCAAGCAAGUCAAGGUGGAAGCGGCGAUGGCGCCGCGUCGAGCCGGAAGCGUCGGUCGCUUCAUCUCUCCCCCGCCGCUACCGCAGCAGCAGCAGCAAUCGGUAGCGCCAGCAGCAUCGACACGAGGGGCUUUGAAGAACGGUGGAGCAUCUUUGGCAACAGGAUCAGGUGGAUCCACGAGCGGCGCCAAUCUGAUGCGUAACGGCACGACGUCUCUGUCGGCUGCCUCGGUAAGUGCUGGCGGUUCUCGCACUGCUGGCAUGAAUCCGCCUUCUCGACGGAGGCCGUCGACCACACUGAGCGGUUUGGGCGGUGGCGUCGAAGGUGCAGCAGAGAGUGUUGCGGUGACCGGAAGCGCAUACGGCGAACCAGUGAAUCACGGGUUCGUUCCAGGCAAUACACUUCGGGGCAUCAAGAGGCCUAACGAAGUGGCACAUGCUGCGAAUGGCAGAACCGUCGGCCCGCCAGGCGCUCCAGCGGCAGCGAGCAACGCUGCGGUACGCAACACAUGA